AUGAGCCGCACCGACUGCGAGGAUCUCCAACUUACGGCUGACCAAAGCUCUGGCUACUUCCCCGCCCUGCCUGGGGGGCUGUUGAACCGCGGUCGAUACAAAGUACUCCGCAAACUGGGUCACGGUUCGAUGUCCACCACCUGGCUUGCAGAGGAUAAAAAGCGCAAUGCCGACAGUCCUCGCUACGUGGCAAUCAAGAUAUGCACGGUCUCCGCGACGCACAACUCCGAAGAGUCGCCCAUCCUCGUCCAAAUCCGCGGCCUUCAAGAUGAAAGGGAUCGGUUGCCUCUUCUUUGGGACAAUUUUGAAGAGCAAGGGCCACACGGCAAACAUCAAUGCCUGGUUCUAGAUGUACUCGGUCUCGACCUUACUGCAUUUCGCUUGUCCGCUCCCGAAAAACGUCUACCGGUACACAUUGUGAAGCUUUUCGUGGUCCAGAUUGUGGAAGCCCUGGUGUGCCUCGAUUCGCUUGGAAUAAUUCAUUCCGAUCUCCAUGGGCGUAAUGUUCUGUUUGCAACACCCAUCCUCGACACGACUGAUAUUGAAACCCAGAAUGGGUCCAUAGACGAAGUCAACAUAGGCGGACCGUUCCGGGUCGGGGAAGCCCGUGAUCAAGACGUCAGUCCGUACGCGUUACGUGCCCCGGAAAUUCUUCUCAAGGCCGGUCUUUCAACCAAGGUCGACAUUUGGAUGUUAGGAUGUAUGACAUUCGAACUCCUGACGGGUCACUGGUUGUUCAAUCCAAAGCUGGAGAGUACCGGGGAGCCUGACGAAGAAGAGCAUCUUGCGCAAAUGUUGGAGUACACAGGAACCGACUUCGGCUCGUUGCUCGACAACUCCGCGGCCCGGGACAAGUUCUUUGACGCUGAGGGACGAUUUCUGCACAUAUCAGAGUUCCGGCCGGAUCCCAUCAAGGUCAUUUUGGUGAGGUAUAAAUUGUCCAAAAAAGAAGCCGUUCAGGCAGCCGCCUUCAUUGCCAAAUGUCUCCAGCUUGAUCCCACGGAACGGGCGUCGGCCAGGGAGCUACAGAUGCACGAUUGGUUGAAAUCGGCGUAUGGCGGAUGA